CAAAUCAAAACAGUCGUGUUUACAUGCAGGUCUUUGUUUUUCACGUUGGGUUUCUCAUCUUUUACCGCCAAUUCGCAGUGUUUUAUUUGUGCUGUGACAAGAGGUGACUAUACAAUGCGUCCUACAAAGCACAAGCAAGCCUUGAGAGCUCGUAUGCUUGCAGCAUUGCAAAUAAAACGUGAAAAAGGAAACCAAAACAAUAAAAUCAGUGGCUCCCACGUGUUUGCUAGUGAAGGUGAAUCUGUGGACAACGGUGACAAGGGAACUGUGGAAAUACCGGCAACAAGUGAAAUAAGGAAAAAGUAUGUUACCUUUGAAGACAAGGAACUUCCUGUUAGCGAAAAUAUUGUGAUGAUUGGUGAAGACAAACUAAAAAAGCUGGCUGAAGUGAUUGUGUGUGACAACAAAAAAUGCAAAUCGAAGUGCAAAGUUGAUGUGAAAAAAAAUCAUUAUGAAGUAGAUUUGGUUGUCCAGUGUAUCAAAUGUGAUAAGAUAAUGUAUGAAUGUGAGCCUAAAAGAGUAACAGUUCCCAAUACGAAAAAGGUUUUUACCGAUACCAAUCUAAGAAUGGUUUUAUCUUCCCUGAUGAAUGAUAUUGGUUGUGUAGGCCUCAAGAGACAAAGUGGCAUUCUAGGUUCACCACCAUUAUCGUCUUGGAUGUUUGAUAAAUAUCAAAAUGCCCUUUGUGAUGCUGUGCUGGAUAAGUACAAUAAAUUGAAAGAACUUGCUAUAAAUGGUGUAUUUGAAUAUUAUAAAGAGGUGGGACAGAUGCCUGAUGAAAAUGGAGUGAUCGAGGUGGAUGUGACUUAUGAUGCAACAUGGUUGACACGAGGUCACAAGUCGAAGAUAAGAGGAGUGGGGAGGGGACCAGGAGCCAUACUGCAUGCCUCCGCAUCAACACAUCUCAAUCGUACAGUAAGGUUUCUGGCCACAGGAUACUCAUUCCGUUCACUAGCCUUUUCAUUUCGCAUGGGGAAAACUUCUGUAUCAAGGAUUGUGAAGGAAGUAAGCGAGGCUAUAUGGGAAACAUUUCAAGAUACAUAUCUCCCAUAUCCGACAGAGGAGAUCUGGCUGGAAAAUUCUGCAAGAUACGCAUCUAAAUGUGAUUUUCCAAAUUGUUUGGGUAGCAUUGAUGGAAAACACAUACGGAUCAAAUGUCCAGUGUCCACCGCAGUCAGGAUCAAUGUAUUAUAAUUACAAGCAAUACUUUUCCAUCAACUUACAAGCAGUUGCAGGAGCAGACUGUAAAUUUACAGUGAUUGAUGUUGGUGCCUUGAAUAUACUACAGGACACAAAACUUCCAAAUACAGAUGUGUCCCAACCCUAUGUAUUAUUGGGAGAUGAGGCCUAUCCUUUACUAAAACAAUGAGACCAUUCCCACGACAGCAACUAGACGAAAAGAAACGCAUCUUCAAUUACAGGCUAUCACGUGCCAGAAGAAUGGUGGAAUGUGCUUUUGGUAUUCUUACGGCAAAGUGGCGGAUUUUGCAAAAAAGCAUAGAAACAGAUAUCAAUGGUGCAAUUAUAAUAACCAAAACAACAUGCAUCUUGCAUAACAUUGUAUUAACACAUGAUGGAUUUAAAGGUGUCGAUAGUAACCAUACAGUAGAUGGUGCUGAAGUAGACCUACGCUCCAUUUGUAAUGCUAGGAGAAAUAAUCGUUACAGAGUGUGCCAAAAAUAUAAGGAAUAAAUUUGCUGAUUACUUCUGUACUCCAACAGGAGAAGUUGCCUGGCAGUAUGAUUGAUAGAUCUAUGUAAUGUUCUCGAAACUGUUUGCUGGAAUUUCCAUAUAGUAUUCAUAUUUUCUAAUUCAUUGUAUACCAGUGUACUAGAUUUUAUGCAUAUCUAGUUAAUUCUAUGGAAAAGUAAAAUGUUCUUGCUUAUAAAUGUAUCAUUAUAUUCUAGUAA